UCCUCCCCCCACCAGCCAGCCAGUCCUCCGCUACGGCUAACUGAACUGCGGAACUUCAGCAGCCACAGAGACCGUUGCUCGUCCAUUGUAGCUUGACGUUGAGGUGCUGCGUUCACACGGAGGCCGUCCUAUAAAUAAAAUAAACCUUUGAGAAGCGUGCGGACCGCGGCUAAAACAAGCUAACGACGCAGCCGCAGCGUGCUCCGUCAGUGGAUGUAAGCUACGCUGGUGGCGUCGUUUGACAGCUAACGCUAACUAGCUCGUCCCUUUGGUAUUCACAGCCAGUUUCAAAACAAACCCCGAGACCCAGCUGUCACCUCCAGAGCAACUUGUAUGAAACAUUUCGGUGUGUUCAGAUGGUGUUUGAUAGGCUGAGUCGAUGCUUAGAUAACGGUAUUCUGAAGCUGUCAGCAGGGUUGGCUGCGUUUGGACUUAAGUUAACUACUAAGCAGCAGGUAAGGGACGUGGUUCAGUCAGUACAAUCAGGUUCAAGUCUUUCUUUGAAGCUUGGAUUUAAAUGUCCGAGAAGAGUUCAUCGUCCGGUUCGGACGAGGAUGUGGAGCCGGAGUCCGGGCAGCAUGUGGAGCUCGGAGGCGUUUUGAGCAAGUGGACAAACUACAUACACGGAUGGCAAGACAGAUGGGUGGUGUUGAAAAACAACACCUUGAGCUACUACAAGUCGGAGGAUGAACGGGAAUACGGCUGCAGGGGCUCUCUGUGCCUCAGCAAGGCUGUUAUCACACCUCAUGAGUUUGACGAGUGUCGUUUUGACAUCAGUGUGAACGACAGUGUUUGGUACCUCAGAGCUGAAGAUCCCGAGCACAGACUCCAGUGGAUUGAGUCAAUAGAGCUGCACAAGGCUGAGUCUGGUUAUGGUUCAGAAACCAGUCUCAGGCGUCAUGGUUCCAUGUUGUCUCUCACCUCAGCAGCCAGUGCCUUGUCUGCCACAUCCACAUCCUCCUUCAAGAAGGGGCACAGGUUGCGUGAGAAACUAGCGGAAAUGGAAACUUUCCGGGACAUUCUGUGCAGACAAGUGGACACACUACAGAAAUACUUUGACUCCUGCGCUGAUGUUGUCUCCAAAGAUGAAUUUCAGAGGGACAGAGUAGAGGAGGACGAGGAAGACUUUCCUACAACUGCAAGACCCGAUGGUGAACAUAAUCACAACAACAAUGGCAGCAAAGAGAAAUUGUUUCCCCCUGCCAGUCCAAAGAGUACGAAUGGAAUAGACUUCAAGGGUGAGGCCAUCACCUUCAAGGCCACCACAGCAGGCAUCCUCUCUACCUUGUCCCACUGCAUCGAGCUGAUGGUCAAACGAGAAGACAGCUGGCAGAAGAGAGUGGAUAAGGAGCUCGAGAAGAGGAGGAGAGUAGAAGAUGCCUACAAGUCUGCUAUGAAUGAACUAAAGAAAAAGUCACACUACGGAGGCCCAGACUACGAGGAGGGGCCCAACAGUCUGAUCAAUGAGGAUGAGUUCUUCGAUGCGGUGGAAGCUGCACUGGACAGACAGGACAAGAUAGAGGAGCAGUGCCAGUCAGAGAAAGUCAGGAUACCACGACUAACUCCAGUUCCUCCAGGAGACGUAUACUCAACCAUUGGUACACAUCGAUUUGCCACCAAGCCCCAUAGCCAUUCUUCUUCCCUGUCUUCCGUUGAGCUAGUCAGUGCUUCAGAUGACAUUCACAGAUUCAGCGCUAAGGUGGAGGAGAUGGUGCAGAAUCAUAUGACCUACUCUCUUCAGGACAUGGGUGGAGAUGCCAACUGGCAGCUUGUAAUAGAAGAAGGAGAGAUGAAGGUUUACAGGCGAGAAGUAGAGGAGAACGGUAUUGUGCUGGAUCCUCUCAAAGCUACACAUUCUGUGAAGGGGGUGACAGGACACGAGGUCUGCCACUACUUCUGGGACACGGCUGUCCGAAUGGACUGGGAGACCACCAUUGAAAAUUUCAACGUCGUGGAAACGCUCUCAGAUAAUGCUGUCAUUGUUUACCAGACGCACAAGAGAGUAUGGCCUGCCUCUCAGAGAGACGUGCUCUAUCUGUCAGCCAUCAGGAAGAUCUUAGCAACAAAUGAAAAUGAUCCCGACACAUGGCUGGUUUGCAACUUCUCUGUGGACCAUGACAAUGCCCUUCCCACAAACCGGUGCGUUCGUGCCAAAAUCAAUGUCGCUAUGAUCUGCCAAACGCUGGUCAGCCCACCAGAGGGAGAUAAAGAGAUCAGCAGAGACAACAUCCUUUGUAAGAUCACCUACGUUGCCAAUGUAAACCCAGGAGGCUGGGCUCCCGCCUCGGUCCUCAGAGCCGUGGCCAAGAGAGAGUACCCAAAGUUCCUCAAACGCUUCACCUCCUACGUCCAGGAGAAAACGGCUGGAAAGCCCAUCCUCUUCUGAACACAAAGAGGCUUGCGAGGGGUCCACUGGAGAAAUGACAUUGUUCAUUGUUGAAUCGGCUCUCAAUGACUACAUGACUCAUUCACAUAUCAAUUUGAAUGUGUUGUCCAACUACUACAUUCAGGACACUAUAUCAUUCAGGACAUCCCGCGGGACACCUGCUUGUAGAAGAGACUGGUUUUACAGCUUUACUCCAUCAGUAGUUGUCAUCCCAGCCACAUUAACAUGGCUUAGCACCUGUUGGUCAUGGGUACAUUUGUAUGUAAAUUUAAGAGUUUCCUAAGUGGUUUUUGAAUUCUUGUUACCAAUUAUUUGCUUGUUUUUGUAAAUUGUUUUGUACAUUUCUAAUGAUUACAUAAUUUCUGACUAUUUUGGGUUUGCUUUAAUCCCUAGUAUUACAGCUACUUGUUUUGCUGCUGCUAUAGUUACUACCAUGAGAGAGGAAAGUAGAUAUUGACAGGAAAAGCAUUGAUCAGGUGUGAUACAGUCCCUCCUCUUUCUUGCCUUCUCCUGUCUGGUGAAGACUCUCUCAGCAGUUUGAUAGGGGGCCAGAGCCUAAAGCUUUGAAAUCUUUAUAUUUCUAGGUUGUUAUAAAGUAGCUUUCGGGGAGCACCAGGGACACAAUGUAUUGUACAGAGAAAACCGUAUAUGUUUUCAGUUAGUUUACCAAUGUGAGAAAUGUGAAUUGACUGUUAAAUGCUUGAAUUUGGUGACAGUAAUGGGCUAAGGAAACCUGGAAUGGGAGCUUAAGAGCAUUCGCUAAGUCUAAAGUCAUGUUGGACAAUAUUUUUGACACGGUUAAUAGUGCUAAUCAAUAAUUGUAUGUCAAUAAUGGAGUUGACGUUCGUCUAUAGAUGCUAGGUUGCGGCCUGUAAGUAUAUAUCUGUAUUUAACUCCACGUAACACGGUUUCUGACAGAUAAUUGCAGAUGGCCAGCCAUAGUGUCUGAUGUACAGAUUCCUCUCUUUAAUUGAGAGACGACUGUAUACAUUUUGGGAACCCUAGGUUGUUUUUCACCACUUUAAGGCCCCUGAUGAGGCAGAAAAAAUUCAGUCUGUGCAUUCAUGAGUGUCAGGUUUGUAAAUUAGUCCGACUGCUAUUGUAAGGAUAAGGUAAAAUUGUAAAAUGUUGAGUAGGACAUCAUCUGUACCUUAGAUUCUAAGUCAUAUUCUAACAUUACAUUUCACAUGCCACACUACAGUGCAGUGGCCUCCUGCCCUUUGACUGAUACUACCCCCAGAAUGCCUUAGACACCAGGAAGAACCCUAAAAUUCCUGGAUAUCUUUACUGUACAGUCACCAGAUGUGCAUUUAUCAACACUGAAAUGAAGUGGGGAGGGGGGGCGGGGGGAGGGUCAGCAUUUCAUAUCAUCUUACCUCAAGAUUUAAAUUUACUCAAGAUUGUGUUUGAUGCCAUCUUAGGUUGGGAGUUUUGCAAUCAGUAGAUCUGCAUGGUUAAAAAUUCACCAUCAGAUUUUCAGUCCAAGGGGUCAGAGGUUAGAAAGGAUCUGGAUAAUUGUUUUGCUGAUGAUUACAAGAGCUAGAUCUAUGAGCAAUGUCAGCUUAAGAACGCCUCCAGUGUUUUUAAUUUUGAUAUUUUGUCACUAAUCUACACACUUUGUAUAUUUCUAAGUUGUACAUCAGAAGUGUUAUUAUUUGCACUAAAUGUAAUGCAAUUUGACAAUGUUCUGUAAAUUAAAAUUGUUA